AAGGAGAAGGUCACGUCGCCGAAAGGCAUUGUGGUUCUUGUAGUCCAAUGCGUAUAUUGCAGCACGUGCAUGAACUUAAACUGUCUUCUUCCUCGCUGCCUAGUUAUGGCAUUCAGUUUUAAUUUCAGUAUUCCCUUGCAGACUAAGGCGAACUGUGGCGACGACAGUCGAGCUGAUAAUGAAAAAGAUGAAAACGUAGAUGCUGCGAAGAACCAGAGCAAGCUUGAGCCCAGUGAGUCUGUUUGUAAGGCGCUAAAGGAAGCAGUGGAACACCAGCCCACGCUGGAUAUUCUUUCCCAGACUGAGAGCUCGGUCACAGAGACUGUCAGCAUAGGCACAUUACCGUCCCUCCAUUACCUCAACGAAUCUGUGUUUGAACAAACUGCCCCUGAGCGUGAUGACGGUGAGCACAUAUUGCUUCAGACUGUGACCCAGAACACAGACCUCAUAACUGGGGUGUAUGAGGGGGGCUUGAAAAUCUGGGAAUGCACCUAUGAUCUGCUAGAGUACAUUGACGAUGAAGGGGAGACAUUCUCUAGGAAAAGAGUCCUGGACUUGGGCUGUGGAGCUGGACUACUUGGCAUUCUGGCAUUAAAGAGAGGAGCCAGUAAGGUCCACUUCCAGGACUACAACAGUACCGUCAUAGAACAGCUAACAAUUCCCAAUGUGUUCCUCAAUUGUGAGGAGGACAGUGAAGAUGAGGGAGAGGGAAAAAAAGAUGGAAGCCCCCCAGCUAAGAAAAGAACCUUGGAUUCUUCCCAUCAUUCACUCUCAGAUCACUGCAGUUUCUUCUCUGGGGACUGGACUUCCUAUCUCUCACUAAUGCAGAGGAAAGACCCCAUGCUGAAAUAUGACAUCAUCUUCACAUCUGAGACCAUCUACAAUACAGACUACUACCCUUCUCUUCAUAAUGUAUUUCAUAAACUGCUUGAAGAGGAUGGAGUUGUCUAUUUGGCAACAAAGUCUCAUUAUUUUGGGGUUGGGGGUGGACUUUAUUUGUUUCAGAGGUUUGUGGAGGAUAAAGAUGUGUUCCAGAUCAAGUCUUUAAAAGACAUCGAUCAGGGCCUUAAAAGACAUAUUGUUUCUUUGACCUUCAAGAAAUCACGCUUGUAGCUUUGUUCCUAUGCUAGGAACGGAAUGAGCUCCCAUCUGUAUACAUUUGAGUGUCAGACAGAUUUGUAUGUGUCUGUAUGGAAACAUUUUGUAAGAGCACUAACCAGAUUUGAGAACCUCUCUUGAUGCAGUAUUUGCCAAGCAGCUAUUGAGCCAAUAUUAAAAUGAUUUAUCAGGCGUUUGUGUUACGCCUCAUGAAAAGCUUCCACAAGGAUCAAGUCAUCUCUCUUGAAUUGUUGCCUGGGUUUAAAGAUUUUAUUCAUCCUCUCAGUUUACAGACAGUUUGACAAUGAUACAUGAUGGGCAGAGCACUUCGGCUGUAGCAUGGAAUAACCGUCAUUAACUAUACUGGGGAUCUAAGUACCUUGUCUUCACGUCCUUUAAUGUUCUCACAGCCUAAAUAAAUGAGAUGUGUAAACACA